AUGCCUGCCGCACUUUCUUCCAAAUUGUCCAACAGAGACCAGGACAAGAGGCAUAACCCUGUCGAAAUGAGGAGCCAAACUCUGAAGCCACGACAAGCACUCGAGUCACCCCGCGUAGAUCUGUGGCCCAAGCUUCAUCUGACAGCCCACGGGCCAAUUGCAGUUUCGGGUGAGCUCUUGCAGUUGGGAAGAGAUGGGACAUGCCGCAUAUGUCUGAUAGUACUACUUGUACAUAUUUGCGUACUGCUUGAUUCUGCGCGGCCAGAAUCUUGGCAAAUUUCACCUUUCCAGGGAGCCCAUGUAAUCGUAGUUAGCACUACGCCAAGGAGAAUGGGAGUUUUGCACUUGGCACUCCGCACGUGGUGGUCAAGACCACAGGCGGCAGGAAAGAUGAGCGCAAAUCCGUAA